ACAGGCGGGGCGGGGCUUAGCUUUGAAUUGUCGCGGGGCACAGCUUCUCUGGCAGAGCCGCGCGAUGGGGACGGUGGAACCCGCGGCUGAGGAGGGGGGCGCUGCGCGCGUGAAGCGCAUCGCGGUGCCCCAGCCGCCCUCCAUCGAAGACUUCGCCAUCGUGAAGCCCAUCAGCCGCGGCGCCUUCGGGAAGGUCUAUCUGGGCCGCAAGGGGGGGAAGCUCUACGCCGUCAAGGUGGUCAAAAAAGCUGACCUUAUAAAUAAAAACAUGGUUCACCAGGUCCAGGCAGAGAGAGACGCAUUGGCUCUCAGCAAAAGUCCUUUCAUUGUACAUUUAUACUACUCACUUCAGUCAGCGAACAAUGUCUACUUGGUGAUGGAAUAUCUUAUUGGUGGAGAUGUCAAAUCUCUUCUCCACAUAUAUGGCUAUUUUGAUGAAGAAAUGGCAGUGAAGUAUAUUUCUGAAGCAGCAUUGGCUCUUGAUUACCUUCACAGGCAUGGGAUAAUCCACAGGGACCUGAAACCAGACAACAUGCUAAUAUCUAAUCAGGGUCAUAUUAAAUUGACAGACUUCGGUCUUUCCAGAGUUACUCUGAACAGAGAGAUAAAUAUGAUGGAUAUCCUUACUACGCCAUCAAUGGCCAAGCCUAAACAAGAUUAUUCACGCACUCCAGGACAAGUGUUGUCUCUCAUCAGCUCUCUGGGUUUUUAUACUCCAAUCGGUGGGAAAAUACAAGGACCUAGUUUAAGUCCCGUGUCUGCUGAUGCUUUGCAACUUUCUCAAGGAUUGGUUUCCCCCAUGUCUGUUGGCCAAAAGGAUUAUACCCCUAUUUCAAAUAAACUAUUGAAAUCAUGUCUUGAUGUUGCUGGGAUGCCAGUCAGAAGUUUAACUCCAACUCUUCUUCAAACUAGGAAGAGGUUUGGUACCUCCAGUGCAAGUAGCCAUUCACGUACACACAUGUCCAGUAUGGAAUCGGAAUGCUGUAGCAGUCCCAGGUGGGAGAAAGAUGUACAGGAAACUGAAGAUACAUUGUGUUCUGGAACAGGCACAGCAAGUAAUAAUGCAUCAGAAAAGCUUUCUAAUACACAAUUACUGAAUGCAAAAGACACAACAGUCUUAAAGAAAAAGGAACUUGAGUUUGCCAUCUCUCCCAUUGGUAGCAAUGACUGUGGCUCCAGACAUGAUGGAAAAAUUGAGAAUUUUGAUCUAGGGGACACUCCUGUAACUGCAUCAGAUGUGAAAGAUCUAGUCAGAAAAUGUCUUUCUGAUAAUAAAGCUUGGGAAGCAAAACUUGUGGGUAAAACUGAUAUAGCUAAUAAGACAGGAAAAUCUUCCAGUUGUCAGCAGUCAUGUUCAUGGUUGGUUGAUCCUGCCAAAUGCAUAAAAGAGGAAGACUUUCUUAAAAAGCCAGGUGUAAAAAGGAGCUUUGAACUAGUUGAUACCAGUCCAUUUCAAGAACUUAACUAUGUAAAAAAAACCAAUGCAGACUAUAAACGUGGCUGUCCAAUCUUAGAAUAUCAGGCAAACCAAAACACAGGUUUAACAACAGAAAUACAGUGUUUAAUGCUUUCUGGUGAAGGUCUACAGGAGACCCAUAAAAAUGAAGAAAAAGCUAAAGAAUCCAUCUCUAGGCAGCAAACAUCUGAAAAAUCAGCCACUCCGAUAAUAGCUAAGAAUCUUAUGCAUGAGCUAACUGCAGAUUGUGAAAAAGACUGUAAAAAGGAAUAUAUUAACUCUAGUUUCUUAUGCAUUGAUGAUGAAAAACCUCUUGGAAUUUUGAGUGCAGACUCUGAGUUAUCCUUCCCUGAGAUUUCUGCUACAGAGAGCCAUUUAGAAAACCAGCUUUCAGAUCUGGAUAAAAGUAUUAAAGAACUUUCCUUUGAGGAAUCAAAAACUGAGGACAUGUCAGUAACAUCGCCCUGUUGCCAAGAUGCCUCACCAAGAGGUGGGGAAGAGAAUAUUGUUCAGGACAGCAAGCAUUUGUGCCACGAACAGGAUAACAUCCUGAAAUGUUUGGUUGAAACUCAUACUGACAAAAUCUCUUCUCCCUCAGAAGAGAUGAUGAAAACCUUGAACCUCCUUAAAAAAAAUGUUGUAGCUUUUCGAAGUUAUAACAGUCCAAUUAAUGUGUCCAAUGCAUCUGAGCCAUCAAGAAUUAGCAUGGCUUCUUUGGAGGUAAUGGAUCUCUCUCCUGCAUGUAGUGGCUCUUAUCCCAUGGCUCUUACCCCUGCACAAAAGGGAAGAUCUUACAAGAUUUAUCAGACACCUAAUCAGGAAAAUGCUGACACACCAUAUAGAACUCCAAAGAGUGUAAGAAGAGGAGCUGUCCCUGUGGAAGGUGAACGCAUUUUAGGAACCCCAGACUACCUGGCACCUGAGUUAUUAUUAACAAAGCCUCAUGGUCCUGCAGUAGAUUGGUGGGCUCUUGGAGUUUGUUUGUUUGAGUUCUUAACAGGAAUUCCACCCUUUAAUGAUGAAACGCCACAACAAGUCUUCCAGAACAUUUUAAAAAGAGAUAUUCCUUGGCCUGAGGGUGAAGAACAGUUGUCCAGCAAUGCCCAAAAUACAAUAGAUAUUCUUUUAACCAUUGACACUACAAAGAGAGCUGGACUGAAGGAGCUGAAACGUCAUCCUCUCUUUCAUGGAGUAGACUGGGAUAAUCUUCAGAAUCAAACUAUGCCUUUCAUACCUCAGCCGGAUGAUGAAACAGAUACCUCCUACUUUGAAGCUAGAAAUAAUGCUCAGCAUCUGACUGUGUCUGGAUUUAGCUUAUAGUAUCAAGAAAAUGGAAUUUUGUCCAUGGUUUUGCACUUUUGUAAACUACCCUUUAACACUAGUUUGGCCUUGGUUUUCUUACCAAACUUAGUUUUUUAAAAUAAUUGAUCAGUGUGGUUUUAAUUUGUAUAUUCUUCUGUUCUAAAACAAAACUACUAUACAAAAUGUUUAUUAAUUACAAAUGGCUUCUUGUUCUUUUUAUUUAUCAUAUUUUCUGCACUUUAUUGAGAGCCUAAGUAUGUAUUUGUAAAGUUAGUAAUGACACUUUCACACUUGGCAAAACAUUGUCCUUUCUAUUGCUGCUGUGGAGUACUUCCAAUUUAUAAGGGCUAUUUUGCUAUUAAACAUAACUGAGUGGGGGCAGAAAAUGCAUGCUAAUUAUCUACCUUGGGUUCAAUACAUUCAUAGUCACAUUUGGGAUAGCUUUGACCAAUUUGGAGCAGCAUCCAUAACAAAAGUGAAAAUUUUGUAGGUUUCAGAGCACUGUAAAAUAUCUUAUCCCUCUGAAUUAUUCCUUAGUGGGAUGAGGAAAAAGAUAUUUUGGCAUCCUUAGGUCACACACUGCCCUCGGCUGCUGAGGUAUCUGUGUUGUAAAACUGAGCUGUGUUUAUUGCCAAUGCUUUUUCCUUGGCAUCUGCACAGAGUAAAGGAAGCUUAUUGCUUUUUUAAAAAAUUGCUAACACUUUGUAAUACUGAGGAGAUUUUUGAAUGCAUUAUGGGAUGAUAGACUGAACAGUAUUUUAGUGACCCCUUGUUUAUUUUAAAUGUAGAAGAACUAAGGAUCCAUAUUGGGCUUCUUUCCUGUAUCACUCUGCCAGAUGUUAAAAAAACUGUUUGCUAAUCAAAAUAUGAAUUAUGUAUAUUAGAUGCUCUGUAAUGUAUUGUAAAUUGAUUUGAGAAGUUCAAUUUCAAUAAAAUUGAGUUAAAAUUAAGAUGUUCAGUAUUAAACAUUUUAAUCAGGGAUCUUUGCAGGGAUGUAAGCUGUAUUUUAAUAUAUUGGGAAAAUGCAUAGAGAUUGUUUUUUCUUAUAAUGCCUGAUAUAUUUUUUUUUGGUUUGGUUAAACUGUUUCCUUUUAUCUUAGAUGAGAAGCAUCAUUAAAAAUUCUUUCUU